CCGAGUGGAGCUUCCCUGCGGUCCCGACCGGUACCAUGAUCUGGGGAGCAAGCAGCCCCCUGGCCUGGCUCUCAGCUGGACCAGGCAACGUGAAUGUGAGCAGCGUGGGGUCGGCAGAGAGGCCUGCAGGCCCGGGUGCUCCUCUGCCCUUGCCCAAGGCCUGGGAUGUGGUAUUGUGCAUCUCAGGUACCCUCGUGUCCUGCGAGAAUGCACUGGUGGUAGCCAUCAUCGCGGGCACUCCCGCCUUCAGGGCCCCCAUGUUUCUGCUGGUGGGCAGCCUGGCUGUGGCCGACCUGCUGGCAGGCCUGGGCCUCGUCCUGCACUUCGCGGCUGUCUUCUGCAUCGGCUCGGCGGAGAUGAGUCUGGUGCUGGUUGGCAUGUUGGCGAUGGCUUUCACCGCCAGCAUCGGUAGCCUGCUGGCCAUCACAGUCGACCGCUACCUGUCUCUGUACAAUGCCCUCACCUACUACUCAGAGACCACGGUGACCCGGACCUAUGUGAUGUUGGCGCUAGUGUGGGGGGGUGCGAUGGGCCUGGGGCUGCUGCCGGUGCUGGCCUGGAACUGCCUGGAUGCCCCGGCCACAUGCGGUGUGGUGCGUCCACUCUCCAAGAACCAUCUGGUGGUCUUGGCCGUGGCCUUCUUCAUGGUGUUCGGCAUCAUGCUGCAGCUCUAUGCGCAGAUCUGCCGCAUCGUCUGCCACCAUGCCCAGCAGAUCGCCCUGCAGCGGCACCUGCUGCCUGCGUCCCACUACGUGGCCACCCGCAAGGGCAUUGCCACACUGGCUGUGGUGCUUGGCGCCUUUGCCGCCUGCUGGCUGCCCUUCACCGUCUACUGCCUGCUGGGUGAUGCCCACUCGCCGCCCCUCUACACCUAUCUCACUCUGCUGCCUGCCACUUACAACUCCAUGAUCAACCCCAUCAUCUAUGCUUUCCGCAACCAGGACGUGCAAAAGGUGCUGUGGGCUGUCUGCUGCUGCUGCUCCUCGUCCAAGAUGCCCUUCCGGUCCCGCUCCCCCAGCGAUGUCUAGGGGCAUCCCAGGGACCCGCAGCCCUGAGUGUGAAGGAAUUCCAGGAUGUCAGGUCCUCCAGGGUUUUGUUCCAAACCCCAAUCCACACCCCCAAAAGCCAGCUGGUUCUGGAGUUCUAGGACACUGGGUGUUUGUUUCCCAAUCCUCGACGGGCCCAGCUGGGGCUGUGGUUCUAGAAUGUUCAGGCGGUCAGGUUCCCCUGAGUAACGUCCCCUGCCCCAGCUGUCCUGGAGAGCCAGGAUGCUAGGUGUUUUACAGUGCCAUUCCAAGUUCCUGACCUCCCCCUCCCCCGCCCCACCUUGACCUUGACCAUGUCACUUUACUUUAGAAUUUCUGAGCUAGAGAGUCAGAGAAGUUAGACCCUUAGUUGCCUAGAUAAAAGAGAUGGGAAUUUAUAUAUGUGCACCUACAAAGAGAGCUUCUAUUUGUUAUUUAUGUAUGUAUGUAUUUAUUUAUUUACAGGGGGAAGGGGAAAAAAGAGACCCACACCUUGAAAUCCAGGCCAUACCAGGGUACCCCCAGUCCCCGCACCCCCAUUUCUGACCUCAGUCCCUAAAGGGUGGGGGGAGGGAGAAAGAGAAACCACGUAUUUUGUUAUUAAUUUUGCUUAUUUUUUAUCGAAGAGAUCACAGAAACCAGAGCCUUCUCCCCAGGCCCACACCCGUGGGUUUGCAGGGGAGACACACCAGCCUCUGGUUUUUUAUUUUUUUAAGAAGCCAUCACCCGAGCAACCGAGAAUUCCUCUGCGCUGGGGCCGGCUGCCCUCUGGUGGCCAUUUGGAGGAAACGGCAGCCCAGCUAGGCAGCCGGGACCCCCAACUGCACUGCAGCCUGGCAUCCAGCGUCACAGCCAUGGCCUGGGGGCCAGGCCUCACCUUGAGGUGCUUUAGAGGAGGCAGGGCUCGAGACGGCCUCCAGUGCACUCCCCACUCCUGGUCCCACCCUAACCGUCAA